CCAGCGCAGGAUGUGGGCCCUGCGGGCCGCCAUCCGCCCGGCGGCCUGGCUGUCUCGCGUGGUUCUCGGCCGCCGGGCUCCGAGACCCGCGCCGCCGCUGCUGGUCUGCCCCGAGCGCGCGUUCGCCGCCUUCGGCCCCGGGGACCUCAAGGGGCGAGGGGGCGGAGGACGGGGCCCACCGGCUGAUGGCCCGAGAAGCCGAACGGGAGAGGUGGAGGAACCGGAAGAUGCCGAGGACGAGGAAGAAGAGGAGGAGGAGCUGCUGAGGAGGGACCCUUUGCUGCCGGUGGGGACCCAGCGCGUGUGCCUGGUUCACCCUGAGGUCAAGUGGGGACCCGGGAAGCCGCAGCUGACCCGAGCUGACCGGCAGGUGGCGGAGGCGGAAUCUCUGGUCCACACGCUGGACCGCUGGUCGGUGGUGGAAAGGAUGGUGGUGCCCGCCAGAACAGCCGACGGGAAGGUCGCGUUCGGCAGAGGGACCCUGCGGCACCUGACAGAGAAAAUCAGAGCGUUGCCAGAAAUCACCGCGGUCUUUCUGAAUGUGGAGAGGAUGGCCCCGCCCACCAAGGUACGCGGGAGUCUCAGGGCGCUUCCCACGCUCCGGGCCGAGGGAGUCGGGUCGGACGGAGGAGGCCCUGGGAUUGCCGACGCCGUCUCGGAGGCCCCCUUCACCCGAGACACCGCUGCAGAUGCCCUCACUCCCUCCCUCCGUUUCCAGAAAGAACUGGAGGCCGCCUGGGGCGUGCAGGUGUUUGACCGAUUCACCGUCGUUCUUUCCAUUUUCCGCUGCAACGCCCGGACGAAGGAGGCCCGGCUGCAGGUGGCGCUGGCUGAGCUCCCCCUUCUCAGGUCCCACCUGAGUAGCAGCACCGCCUGCCUGGAUGGGCGGGGAGGAGGCUCACGCUACAUCAUGGGGUCAGGAGAAUCGCUCGUGCAGGUGCAACGGCGCCUGCUGAAGGACAAGGAGCUGAAGAUUCGGAAGGCCCUGGACAGACUUCGGGAGAAAAGGCGUCUCCUGGGAAGGCAGCGCAGACGGCGGGAGUUUCCUGUGGUCUCCAUGGUGGGAUACACAAACUGCGGAAAAACCACGCUGAUCAAGGCCCUGACGGGUGACGACGCCGUCCGGCCCCAGGAUCGGCUGUUUGCGACACUGGACGUCACAGCCCACGCGGGGUGGCUGCCCUCCCGCGUGGCCGUCAUCUACAUGGACACCGUCGGCUUCCUCUCCCAGCUGCCCCACGGCCUGAUCGAGUCCUUCUCCGCCACCCUAGAAGACGUGGCUCAUUCGGAUCUGGUCGUGCACGUGAGAGACGUGAGCCACCCCGAGACGGAGCUGCAGAAAGCCACCGUCCUGGCCGCCCUGCGGGGCCUGCGCCUGCCCGCCCCGCUGCUGGACUCCGUGCUGGAAGUUCAUAACAAGGUCGACCUGGUGCCCGGGUACAGCCCGUCAGGAUCCCAGGCCGUGGCCGUGUCCGCCCUCCUGGGACACGGGCUCCCGGAGCUGAGGGCCCGGCUGGAGGACGCCAUCCUGAGAGCCACAGGGAGACAGGUCCUCACGCUCCGAGUCCGGCUGGCGGGGGCACAGCUGAGCUGGCUGCACCAGGAGGCGACGGUGCAGGACGUGGACGUGAUCCCCGAGGCUGGGGCGGCCGACGUCAGGGUCGUCAUCAGCAGCUCUGCCUACAGCAAGUUCCGGAAGCUCUUCCCGGAGUCAGCCAGCCAGUGAGGGAAGGGAGGCUGUGUGGCCUCAGCACCGCCUUCGGGCAUCCUGCCCGCCCCCUCAGGUGCCUUGCUCCCUGCUGGGCCCGAAAGGCUGGUGGCCGCCCCCCUGCGGCCAGAAGUCAAAGGUCAGGUCUCGGGGUGACUCCGCGGGACGAGCUUGUGACCUGAGCGUGGGUUGCCUUCCACGCUGUUCCAGCUACAGGAUGUUAAAAGCUCUGCUCUUGCAUCUGUAAA